ACAAACAACAUUAAACAAAAUUACAGUAUACAAACUUAAGAAAAAAAAUAUGGAAGGAAACACCGCCCUUUCCGAUGUCAAAAUGACACAAGUGAUUAAUCAAUUAAAAACGUUGAGAAGUUCGUUAAAUGCAUUGAGCACAUACUCUCCUUAUACACCACCAAUGAUGAAAGACAAAAGUCAAUACUCAUCGGACUCGUGGAAAGCUGCAUCAGCAGUGAAGUUAUGCUGUCAACAACCUAACAACCUGGACGGAUCUUCAAAAACAAUUGAUUAUAAACUACAAAACGCAAACCAAGAACCACGUCUUACUGGAGGAAUUCAAGAACACACCAUUCGAAGGAAAUGUGCGAGAUUUUCUGGAGCAGAACACCGUCUUUACCGUCUGGAACAGUUAAAUUAAGAAGAAAAAAGCAAAUUGAAUAGGUAACUAAACCAAUAUCAGCAUAUCCAAUUCCGAGAAGGCAAUCAACUCAGUUUCAGUAAUAAUGAAAAACACAUCAAUAAACAAACAUA